AUGUUACAGGAAGUAUUAUCGGAAAACGCCAAUAAGAGUGUAGUAGUAUCACCUUUACUAGUGCGCUUUUCAUUAUGUAAAUUGGCAUUAUUUGCUCAAGAAACUGCUAAAGAUGAAUUACUCAAUGUCCUUGGUCUUAACUCUGACUCCAUGCUACAAAUGUGCUACUCAUGUUUGAAAGAAGUAAUGUCGCAAUUUAAAAACAUAGAUUUAGUAACUAUUAAUAAAAUAAUUGUCAACUAUACCGCGGAUAUAAAUAAAGCUUUUUUGAAUAGCAGUGAUUUUGGGGUUACCAUUCAUCAAGUUAGCUAUAAAUAUCCUAAAUAUUCAGUGUCAUUCAUUAAUAAAGAGAUUGAUAGAGUACUCUAUAACAGGAUUACAGAUGUGAUAGAGCCAACUGAUAUUAACAACAAGACUUCAAUUUUAAUCGUAAAUAUCGCCUAUCUUAAGGUGACCUGGGAGUUCCCUUUCGAUAUAAAACUAACAAAAGAUAUGAAGUUCCAUCAUCAAAACGGUAGUGUAUCAAUGGUGCCGAUGAUGUCGAAAGCCGAUACGUAUUUCUAUUUAGAGGAUGAAAUAAAUAAUUUACAGGUAGUUAACAUAAGAUUAGCCAGUUUUGGUCUAACCAUGACUCUAGUCGUACCGAGUACAGCAAAGGGAUUGGGAUCUCUUUUAAAACAGCUUUCAAACGAUCCAGAUUUCUUAAAAAGGAUUUAUAAAAAAAUGCGACCUGAUAAUGUUAACAUAAUGUUACCAAGAUUUAAAAUCAAAACAAGUUUAAAUUGGAAUAAAUUUCUUAAUAAGAUAGGAGUUAAGCAAAUAUUCAAUGAAACGAAUUCGGGGCUUAGUGGUAUUUUAAAAGAAAAUAGCGCCACCAAAUAUAUUUAUUUAAGCAACUGCAAACAGAAGAAUUAUAUCCAUGUUGAUGAAAUGGGUGUAUUUAGACAUCCAAUAGAAGAAUUACCACCAGAUCUACAUAAUAGAGAAACAAUAAACCAAAUACUUGCAGAUCAUCCGUUCUAUUUCAGUAUUAACUUGCAGACAGACUAUCACCGUCAAUGGGACGCGCAAGAAUUGCUCACAGGCGUAUAUUAUGGUCCACAUUCA